UUUCAAUUGGCAUAUGACCGGGUAUACAAAGUCGGUAGUUUGAAAUUCAUUAUAAGCUCAAAGUAGAAAAUUAUUGAGGUUUUGUCAAUUUAAAGAUAUCGAUUAUUUAUUAUCAUUUGGAAAUUUUUAGGUUAUUACACGUGAUUCAAUUUUGUUAGUUGGACAAGUAUGUAUAUGUUCUUUAAAUGACUUCCGAAGGUGCCAAUGCGGUUUUGAAAUUCUAAGUCAAAAUGGAGUGGAAUCGAAAAAUAGAGGACAAACUUACAGAAAAUUGGCAAUGGUUGAUGAAGACAGUCAUGCUGAAAGAAAUCGUCCAUGUUUUGAUAGAAGACAAAGUUAUAGCUCUGGAUUUCUGGAUGAAUCUAAAAGAGAAACAAAUUUCUGAGCAGGAUAGGAAUGCGAAUUUUUUCUUCGAAGUUUCCAAAUUCACAAAGGAGAGAUAUAGAAUGUUUGUUGAUGCUUUGAGAAAGGGAGGACACAGUCACCUAGCUGAUAUGUUGGAAAUAAAACCACAAGAUUUAAGAGUCAACAAGACACCAACAGCCUUGGGUCCUAAAAAUGAGAGAAUUAAAAAGGAAAAUAUACCAAAGAACAGUAAAAGUAAACCUCCUCCAGAACAUAUAUCUAAACAUGACCGCACACCAAGUGAUAUAAAGCGAGAAAACUCUGAACUUAGGAAUCAACUAACAACAAUCUCCUCUCAUGUUGGACACCUUCAUUCAGUGACCCAAAACAUAGCAGGGUCACUUGUGUCACAUAGUAAGACGUUCGUGGCAGAAAAGGAAUCUUUUGUUCAAAGGAUUCAAAAUAUAGAGGAGCAUGAAAAAUAUCUGGAGCUGCAAGAUACGAAUCUUAAACAGGAAAUGGUUAUAAAACAUUUACGAUCUGAAAUCGUAGAUCUGAAAGUUGAUCUAAAUCAUCAAAUUAACCAACUGGAAAUAAAACUGAAGGAUGCUAACGUGAAGAGGGAACUUAAACAGCAAGAAGCUGAAAAUUUGCUUAGUAAGAUCACAGGGAUAAAAACACAAAUGCAAAGUCUUACUAAAGAUUUAAAUCUAGAGAGAGAAGAAAAAAUAAAACUGAAAACAGAAUCGACAAAAUUACGGAAGCAGAAUAGUGACCUUCAAGAAAAAAUUAGGCAACAAACUUCAAAAGUAGUGUCGUUCGAAAAUGAUAUGCUGCAAGUAAAGUCGGAGAAAGAAUCGGCAAAAUCUGAAUUUAAACUUCUUCAGAAAAAAAUGUCAGAAACCGAGAAAAUGUUGAAAGAUAAGACACAGAAAAAUGAUGAAUUAUCACAUGAUAUAAUUGAUGCAAAGUGUAAGGCUGAAGAAUUUGAACAGGAAAACAAAAGACUAGAGAACAAAGUAAGCAAUUUUGAAAAAGAGAUUGUAGACUUGAAGGCAAAACUCCACAAACUAGAAGCAGAUAAACAACGAGCUAGAAUGAAAAGUAGCGUUGUCCCGACAUGGCGCUAAAAACGAGUAUGAUCUGUUUUGUCUUGACAUUUUGUAAAUAUUGCCGCAAAAAAUACACAUCUAUAUUUGUUUUAUUGUUGAUGUUAUAAGUAUUAAACUAAUUGUUGUUGUU